UUCAGGAGGAGGGAGCGCGCGGAGGAGUUCUGACGGUAAUCCCGCUGCCAGCAGCGGGUGAAACGGGUCGAAGACACCGCUGAAUCCACGGAGCGAAUGUGUCCAAGAUCCAACCUAGAACUAAGUUCACCGAGGAGUAAAACCGUGGAGACAGCGGGUCCAACAGACUGGAGGAAGCUGCGGAGAAACAUCGGGUCUUUUUGAAGGAAUAAUCUCAGAUUACGAAGAGGAACUGUCGAGUUGGAGAGAAAAUGAGUUCAGUGGUCCCUGCAGAUGUUCAGCAGACUCUGCUGAUCAGAGUAGAUGCGCCUGAGGAAUGGAUGUCUGGUGUGGACCAACAGGACCCAGAGCCCCUCCACAUAAUGGAGGAACAAGAAGAACUCUGGACCAGAGUGGACAGAGAGCAGCUUGUAGUGAAGGAGGAGACUGAUGCCAGCAGGUUUUCAUUCACUGCAGUUCAUGUGAAGAGUGAGGAUGAUGAAGAGAAGCCUUUAUUCUUACAGCCUCAUCAGCACCAAAUGGAGGACAGAGAUGUUCCAACCAGCAGUUCAGCUGACCAGAUGAAAGUAGAGCCUGAUGGAGAAGACUGUGGAGGAGAAGGAACUAGCAGGAACCCAUAUCUAUAUCCUCAUGGAGAUGCUUCCUUCAAUUCAGAGACUGAAGUCAGUGAGGAUGAUGAAGAGGAAGGGGAUGGGAACAAUCCUGAUUCUCAGCUGGAAGUCUUGUCAGACUCUGGGUCAACAACUGAAGACAGUGACAAAGACUGGAAGGAGAGCAGAGCUCCUGAGUCAACUGUGAACUCUGUCAACAAAUGUUUCAGCUGCUCUGAGUGCGGUAAACAAUUUCUGCACAACCAGUCUCUUCAGAGACACUUGACAUGUCAUUCAACAGUAAGACGUUCCAGCUGUGUGGGUCAGAAGAAAAGUGUUGGAGAAAAGAAAAGUGUACAUACACACAGGAAUGUUCAGACAGAACCAAAAUCAUUUAGUUGGGAUGAACCUGGUAAAAGAUUUAAAAUAAUAAAAAAACUGAACUUGCACAAGAGAGACCACACAGGAGAGAAACCGUUUAAAUGUAAGGAUUGUGGAAAUAGGUUCAACCAUAUGUCUAAUUUAAACACACACAUGAGAGGCCACAAAGGACAAAAACAAUUUAAAUGUGAGGUUUGUGGACAAAGAUUUACACACAAGACUAAAUUAAGCUCGCACAUGAGAGUGCAUACUGGAGAGAAACCAUUUGAAUGUGAGGUUUGUGGACAAAGAUUUACCCACAAGACGAGUUUAAACUCGCACAUAAGAGUCCACACUGGAGAAAAACCAUUUGAAUGUGAGUUUUGUGGACAAAGAUUUAGUCACAAGACAAGUUUAAGCUUGCACAGGAGAGCCCAUACAGGAGAGAAACCGUUUGAAUGUGAACUUUGUGGGCAUAGAUUUAGCCGUAAGCCAACUUUAAACAUACAUAUGAGAGUCCACACAGGACAAAAACCGUUUGUAUGUGAGUUUUGUGGACAAAGUUUUAGCCAGAAAACGGCGUUAAAUGUUCACAUAAGACUCCACACAGGACAGAAACCGUUUAAAUGUGAGGACUGUGGAACCAAAUUUCGCCAGAAGUCGGGUUUAAUCUCACACAGAAGAGUCCACACAGGACAGAAACCAUUUGAAUGCAAUAUUUGUGGACUAAGAUGUAGUCAGAAAUCAAGUUUAAACUCACACCUGCAAGUCCACACAAAACAUAAACCAUUUGAAUGUAAUAUUUGUGGACGAAGAUUUAGCCAUACGUCACGUUUAAAGUCACACAUGAUAAUCCACACAGGACAGAAACCAUUUGAGUGUAAUAUUUGUGGACGAAGAUUUAGCCAGAAGCCGAGUUUAAACUCACACAUGAGAGUCCACACCGGAGAGAAACCAUUUGAAUGUGAAGAUUGUGGACAAAGAUUUAGCCAAAAGUCACGUUUAAAUUCACACAUGGUAGUCCACACAGGGCUGACACUGUUUGAAUGUAAUAUUUGUGGACGAAGAUUUAGCCAAAAGACGAGUUUAAACUCACACAUGAGAGCCCACACAGGAGAGAAACCAUUUGAAUGUAAGGAUUGUGGACAAAGGUUUAGCUGUAAAUCAAGUUUGAACUCACAUUUUACGGUCCACACAGGACAUAAACCUUAUGCAUGUGAGGAUUGUGGACAAAGAUUUGUAAGGAAGGCUUAUUUAAACUCGCACUCGAGAACCCACACUGGACAGAAACCAUUCAAAUGUGAGGACUGUGGACAGAGGUUUACCCGGAAGACGAGUUUAACCACACACAUGAGAAUCCACACAGGACAGAGACCUUUUGAAUGUGAGCUUUGUGGGAAAGGAUUCCGCGAGAAGUGUAUUUUAAAAAGACACAUGAAUGUCCACACAGCUCAGAAACCAUUUGAAUGUGAGGACUGCAGACAGAAAUUUAGCCGCAAGUCUAAUUUAAUCAGACACACCAAAGUCCAUAUGAAAUAAUUUCUUUUUUGUGACUAAGGUAAAGCUUUGGAUUUCAGUCUGCUCUUAAACACACAGGAAC